AUGAUUGGUGCUCGAUGCCUGGCCCAAGGUGGCACGGCGGCGCGAUCAUCAGCUGCGCGCACAUGGUCCAGCGUCGAUGCAGUGCAACUUACAACACCUAUCGCAGAGUGCUCAUAUCGCAUUUGGCAACCUCAACAUCCAAGACUUUGUCCAUCACAAGAGCAGGCCGCAACGUCUGGCUUCCGUAGCAGACGAUGCUUGUCAACUGCUGCUCCCAUCCAUCGCGCUCACUCCAGCUCGCCGCACGUAACAGUAUCGGUUGAUCAGCAAGGCAUCGAGUCGGUUCUACACAAUCCGCCCUUCACACAUCUUAAGGUCAAACGUCUCCGACCCGUAUCGUCACCUAUGCCUGACACCGGCCCUUCUGACAUCCAGACUCCACCACAACAGGCUGAAUGCACAGGCUCAGAAACAGUCACAGAUCCUCAUGUUCAUCUCGGACAUUCUUCGACCGAUGCAUGCGCCCAGGGCUAUCCGAAUCAUCUACCAGAUCAUACCAAUUCGUCACAUACCAGGCACUUGCCCUCUAGAUUUAGGCCCAAUCUUCCGCCGAGUCUGCUCUUGGACUAUCUCACUGCAUCCGAUGCAAAUACCUAUAACGACAUCAAAGCGCAACUUCCACCUGGUUAUCGCCGCAUAGACGCAUACUUGCUCCUGCGCGAGUGCGACCCACAGAGCUUGUCGGCUCUCUCCUUUUUGGACAUCUGGUACCUCAUCACGAAAGCUGGAUCAGACAAUCUUGGCGGUGUCCUCGCUUUGCUCCUCCAAGAUAUCAUUGGCACAGACAUGUCCACCUCAAAAGCAAAGCCUGGCUAUUUUCAGAUCCUCUCGGGAACAGAAGAACGCUAUAAGCUGCUCAGAGAGAUCAUCGUUCGUUGCAGUCGCAGCAUCUUUCUUCUCCACGACGGCGCUGCUCUCAACAUCUUCAUGCUCAUGCUCGACGACCUCUUACAGCUGCGUCAGUCCACCACUUGUGAGCUUUCGACCACAGCGUCACCCAGCACGAAGUCGUCGCUUGCGGAAGGUUCUGCCAUUACCCUUCCCAACAACUUUCCCCUUGGUGAAACGCGGCGACUUAUGAGACUCGCAGCGCAUCUUCACAAUCCUGAGCUCGCACCCGUUGUUAAUGCUCUACGAUCCCACCUGGAAACCCACACUGCCGACUUCCCUACGGCGCGAGAGGGUUCUUACCUGAUCGCGUAUUACUUGCAGCCGAACUUGCGUGACUUCGAAGCUGCUCUCGAUGUAGUUCGUGCCCUCAGGGACACGAAUGCCCUGCCACAGGAGGCAGUUGACGAUGCUGUUCGUAGUGGCAAGACGUAUCUUGCAAGUCUCCAAAGCAUGUUCGCAUCCGUCACCGAGGACUCGCAGCCUCAACCUUCUGACGUGGAGCUGCAGCAGAUAUGUAUGGAUGUCUCUCUUCGUAUCAUCGCGAUGAAGAGCUUGAUGGCGCACAGGCCGAAAGGAGGUGUCCAGUAUCGCAAGGCUUUCGAGAGCCUUGUCGCCAGCUUUCGAUUCGACUUGAUCGACACUCAUCAUGGAUCCCGACGUUACGAUAUGCGCGCUCUGCUGGACGUGCCUAUGCGCAUCGUUCGCAACGUUUUCCUGCACCUUGUCGGUCAGAACGACCCUUCCUGUUUAGCAGAGGCCAAGUCCGUGCUUCAGCGCAGCGACCAGCGUCUAAUAGCGAUGCUUCCGAAUAGCGAUUUGCAAGAAUUUUGCAACGCUGCUCGGAACGCUGGCUCUCUGAGCCUAGCUGCAGAAACAUACAUGCUCUUCGCCAAGGCCAAAACUUCUUCAGCAUCGACUGCUCAUUUGCCUUCUGACAGCAACCACCAUAUUUUGGCACGCGAUGGAAUGAUGGUCGAUGCGGACACCUUUCUCGCAAUCAUGCGAGAACUUGUCACGAAUGGGCAGAAGAUUGCUGUCUCUGCGCUGUUACGUGUGCUUCAUCUACUGCCCCUGCAUGACGCUUCGGUUGGACAUCUCAACUUGCGUUUUUCUACAACACAACGUUCACGGCUCAUCGCCCUGCUGGCCCAAGCAGGACUGGUUGAAGAAGCUUUCUUGCUGUUCCAGUACUGGAGUCAUUACCGCUACGAGGCAGGCUCGGACUCAGAUCAGUCAGCGUUCGGCACUGUCUCUCUUCGUCAUGCAUCUGUUCAGAUUGCAGACCCUCUCAUCGAACGUCAGAUGCGUCUCAUGCAUGAUGCAGAUCGACAUGUCGCCACGGCUCCAGAGUGUCUCGUUGCACUUGUGAGAGGUAUUUGUCGCCAUUCUUCAGCAAAGGUCGUCAGAAGGUUACCUCGACUAUCCAGUGACUGCCUCUCUGAAGAGGCACCACACGUUUUCAAGACUCCUCUCAAUCAGCUUCAGAAGGCUCGAUUCGUCAUUGACGUAUUUCGACAGGCGUGUACUCCAGUGGACUGGACGCACUACCGACUCAGUGCCUUAGCACAGGCAUGCUUCAUUGCCAAAGAUGCGGCUGGCGCCUUUGACGCUCUCGCCAAGAUCAGCUUUCUACGAGAGAUGCCUGACAAGGUCGACAUUAACAUCGUGAUGGGUGGCCUAGUAGAGCUUGACGCAGAUAGAGCAGUCGAUCUCUUUAUCCAGCAUUGCACAGCUCCCUACACGGUCGGGGAGGAGAAAAAAGCAGAGGCGAAUUCAAAGACGCAGCAGGCUGAAACCAAGUUCCAAAAGCCCGUGACGCUCGCUCCGAUGCAGCCUACGCCACGGCUUACCUCGACGCUCAUCUCAAGAGCACUGGCACAGAACCGACUGGACCUGGUCGACCGACUGCACAAAUUUAGCGAGUCUGUUGGCAUCGUGUCAGGUCUCGGGUAUGAUGCGUCGAUACGAGCUCUCUUUUCGGAGGGCUUACAACCGGGCCAGGUCCGACAGAUGGUCCAUUGCAUGGUCAAGGACGGAUGGAUGGCUGAUGCCGUUCUUGCAGAGAGUUUGACCCGACAUCUCCUUCGGAGGUCGAUGCCACCUAUUCAACAACGUCGAGCCAAAUUGCCACUAGCAAAAGACCGCCUGCUUCUCUUUCAGUCUGCCUGCUAUCUCAUGCGCGUCGUUGCGGAAAGGCAAGACUCGGUGAAUUUACGAACGGUCUCCCAAGCUCUUGACGUCAUCACAUAUGAGGGCAGUCGAGCCAGACGAAAGUCUCCCACCUCGAAGAGCAUUUCAACGAGCGACACAGAUGGAGGAGCGUAUGUUUCAUCUCUUCCGACCGUGAGACAUCGAGGCCGAGAAGAGCGGCGAAUGAAGUGGAUUGCAGCCCUCGACUCGAUCGUGCGUUUGCUGCGAUGGACCAGGUUCUUUGACAGUGGCGAUGACCUUCGACAGAGUUUGCCACUGUGGAAGUCUAGCAGUACCGGAAACGGCGAGCUUGUCUCUGCUGAACUGGACGAGAUGCUCGAUCACGGCUUCACUGGCAGUCGAAGGCGUAAAUCCCGCGUCAUGAUCAGCACAGCCACCGCCGCCACACUGCCGAUCUCUUCAGACGCAGCGCCCCUUGGAUUCGCAGAUGACCUCGCGAAUGGGAUCAAUCCACUUGAAGCCGCAUUUUCCGACGGCGCCGUGCAGCGCAUGAAGCAACGUUCGCCUAAUGUUUUACCUCCGGAACUCUUCCGACGCCUCAUGGAAGCCUAUUUGAAACUAGGAGAUGUAUCGGGUGCAGCCGAGACUGCUUCAUGGAUGCGCGAUGAGGCCAAUAUCGAUCUCGGUCGCACGGAGGAGGAAGCUGCAGACUUUGCCAAUCACAUCAAAGCAGCCAUACUGGAACAACAGGCGAACGGACAGACGUCUUUCGGUGCUGAUACGGCUUCAGACCACAAGGAGCCGCAAGGCAGCCAAGUCCUUCGCUUGCUGGCUGGACAGCAAAGCACCGCUCGCAUAAAGAGCUGGUGGUCGCUGUAG